AGUCGCCACGCCACACUGACAUUCCGAUAGUAGCACUGAUAACAUUUUUCUAUUGAUGAUUUUUUGCUGACCUUCCCGCGUGGUGCUUAGUGUUUGAUUUUGGACCUGGACUGUAGGGUGAUUUUGGAAACUGUAGUUGAGUGGUGCAAGUGCAGUGUUGUGAUAAGUUGUCGAUGACUCGAUUGAUGUUGACUGUACCGUGCUGUGUAACGGUGCAACUGUGACAAUGUGUGUUUGAAUAACAUGACUACGAAUCGGGAUCCGGCGCAACCGUAUUUCAAAGUCAUCGUCCGAUAAACCGAGAUGUGUAAACGAAAAUGUUGACGCAUGGUGCGAAACGGAGACCGAAUUCGUCACGUGAAUGAUCGCGGCUUGGAAGGAGGGUGCGCACUCCGGCAGCGAUGCAAGAGAUAUGCAACACCGCCGCGCUGCCGCUCGACAGUAACCUGCUUGUGCGCAAAAUAAAAUGCGAAGAGUUCCCCGCGGUGAGAGGGAAGCAAUCGAGAGUUGGCAUGGGGGUGCGCGAUGAGAUGGAGGAGGAGUUCGCGGUGAAGACGAGGAACACGCCGCCGAUGGGGCCGGCGCCGGGGCCCGAGCACGCGCGCAUGGAGCACGGCAACGGCUUCUGGCUGGCGGCGGUCACGGCGGGCGCGCCGCACGCCAUGCUGGAGACAUGCACCGAGACCGGCUUCAUCAACAGCCAGCCGUCCAUGGCGGAGUUCAUGACGGCGCUGCCGCAGCUGGGCGGCGGCGAGCUGAGCCCACAGCACACGCCGCCGGGCUACGCGCCCGACCUGCCCUCCCCCGGCGGCGGCCUCAACGUCCCCGAGUACCCUUGGAUGAAGGAGAAAAAAACCACCAGAAAAAACAGCCAACAAGAAAAUGGCCUGCCUAGAAGACUCCGGACCGCCUACACAAAUACCCAAUUGUUAGAAUUGGAGAAGGAAUUCCAUUUCAACAAGUACCUGUGCCGACCCCGAAGAAUAGAAAUAGCAGCGUCCCUUGACCUUACUGAAAGACAGGUGAAGGUGUGGUUCCAAAACCGACGCAUGAAGCACAAGAGGCAAACGCUGAGUAAGAGCGAAGACGGUGACGAUAAGGACUCUACAACAUCCGAAGGCGGAAAAAGUUCAAAAACAGGAAUCGACAAGUUUUUAGACGACGAUGGGCCCUUAUCUGGUAAGAAGAGCUGUCAGGGCUGCGAACUGCCACCGGGGGCGCUCUGCUCGCCGGCUGAAGAGCUUCCCGAGCUCGCCUCGAGGACGAGGAACAACAACACCCCUAGCGCCACCAACAACAACAGCUUCGCCAGUGACGGAGCCUCUAGUGUAGCCUCUUCCUCAUCUCUCGACAAACUAGCCGAAGAUGACUCAAGGGAUGCCCAUCCACCUGCAUCUGUCAUCCCCGCAGCUCCUAGGAAUUUGGCUAAGCGGAUCAAACAAGAAUCUAGAAAACGAUCACCUUCUCUAGACGCCACAUGCAAGGUGUCGCCAUCGUCUUCAAAAGACGGCCUCGGUCCCAUAGCAGGGUUACCGGAUGGUGCGAAAUUUUCUUCAGUAAGUCUGACUCCGUCUUCGACACCUGGGACGCCUUCCAGCAUGCACCCGAGUCCUCUCGGUCACUAUCCACGACCCUCACCUCCGAACGCUCCACCGGGAGCGCCUCACCCACAAGCUGUGCCGAACGCCAUGCCCCCAUAUGUUAUAAGAGGCAACGCACCCCCGGGUCAAUUCGUACCCCACCCCGACUUCCGUGUCGAUUCGAAGCAGUUCGUUGGAAAACUAGCUCAAUACCCGCAGGGUAGUAGAAAUUACGAGGGUUACGGCCCUGCCAUACAGGGACCUGAGCAACACGCGUACGCACGGGGCCAGGCACACGCGAGACAGCAAGACGGGUCGCCUGCGAGGCCGGCUAACGGUCUAGGGUCAAGACAGACGUACCCUCAUGAAAUGUAUCAAAACUACGGCUACCCGGCUUACAGUAAAGAUCAAGUGGCGUACGGCCACCCCGGCUACGAGCAGGCGCAGGGUUACGGGGAGCACAUGGGUUACCCGAACAGCCACUACGGUUACCACUACCACGACGGUCAACACGAACACGGACACAACUACUACGGGAGUGAGGGUCAGAAGAGUGCUCACGGGAAUGAUUACGCAAAGAAUGCUUACUAUGAUGCGAGCGCUUAUGGGUCACAGCAGGGGGCAGCGGCGGCAGGGUACGCGGCGGGAGCGGCGGCGGCCGGGGCGGCGGGCGAGGCCUACGGGGGCACAGGGGACUGCGGCGACGGCUACGGCUCCUUCCAGCAGUUCUACGAGGCCACGCACGCCACCCCCGCCGGUGACAACUCCAACUCCUCCUCGGAUUUCCACUUCCUCAGCAACCUCGCCAACGACUUCGCCCCGGAGUACUACACCAUUUGAGAUAAGGACUUCGCCGAGCAGGCGAGUGAUCUGUUCGCGUAACGCUUCUGCGCUCGCGCACGUUCGAAGUGUAGAGUUGAGGCGACACGGCUCGAUUGAACUGUUUGUUUCCGCCAAAGGCAAUGGAACGCAAACUGGGUAUUCUCUUUGUAUCGAUAUUAAUUUAAAAUGUUACAGUUAACUUACUUAGGGUAUAAUGUAAUAAAAUGUAAAUAUUAUUAUAGUUAUUAAUUUCAAUUAAAAUAUUUUUACGAAUACGUACACGACUUAAAUUUAGGUGCUGAUAUCAGUCAAUAUUAGAAAGUAAAUAGAAGAUCCACAAUCUUAAACUAGGACUACAAAAAGUUUCGAAAUGUUAUGAAUUUAAAUCUUGGGAGUGGUGAUCCGUAUUUGGUAACUUUAUAACUUUAAUCAAUAACUAUCACAAUACAAAUUGAGUCUAUUUACAGUCUCGAAGCUAUUUAUUUGCCCUAAAAGAAUAGCUUUCAUUCCAGCUUAAAUACUUUUAAUGUACGUAUUAUUUAUACUUAAAGCUGAUAUCAUUGUAAAUUUCUUAUACCUACUAAUAUAUUAAAAUCUAUCUUGUAUCCAACAACUUUUCACGUGUUCAUGGUAAGAAAUAAUUGAAUAAAAAAUCAAUUUGAUUUACAACACUUAUAUAGAAAUUGUUUACAAAGUUAAGGAAUAGUCGUUGCCUUAUUUAGUUAAUAUUGUUUUGUGACUAUAAGACAUAUUGUAGAUACAUAAUAAUAUAGUUUAUAAUAAGUCAUUAUAUUGUAGAUAUCAGCGCUAUCAUUUUGGCCUAUUAAAAAAAUAAAUCAUUUGGUGU